AUGGCUCAAGAACUGCCCCCGUUGGAUAUUCACCCACCGCUAAUCAACACCGCAUGCCCCUGGGCAACAACAAUUGACCAACUCAAGCGCCUCUACUUCUGCCCUUCCACGGGCGCCGUCACCACUCGCACAUCUCUGCUGAAGGGAUUCGACGACAACCCAGAGAAGCACCAAUAUGCCUUCUUUGACGCAGGACACACGGGCACGGCCCAGAAUGCUAGUCUCAACUCACUCGGCUACAGCCCACACACAUUAGAAUCCUACCUUACCAUGAUUAACUCGAUCUCGGCAGAGCUUUCCCACUGGCACAACAAGUGGUUCAUCGUGUCCGUUACGGGCUUGCCGGAGGACAUAGCGGAAAGUUAUAAACUUGUCACAGCAGCCGCAGCAGAUGUCCAGUUUCCCCUCGCCAUAGAAAUUAACCUCAGCUGUCCCAAUAUUCCCAACCUGCCACCACCAGCUUACUCGCAGGAAGCUCUCACCACCUACCUCGCCCAUCUGCAGCAAGCCAUCGUUGACGCUCCGCCCGGCGCGAAACGCAUUCCCGUCGGGGUCAAGACACCGCCCUACACCUAUUCUACCCAGUUUGAUUCCUUCAUCGCCGCCCUCGAAGCCUCCGCUCCGCCAAACGGAGUCUGCCCGCUCUCCUUCAUCACCACAACCAACACCCUUGGCUCUUGCUUUCUCUUCCAGAACCCGCCGCUCUCCCCACUACCACUACCGGAUAAGCCAACAUCAUCAAUAUCCGAUUCUUCAACGUCACCAACCAUCGACUCGUCUCUUAGCCAACCCUUAGUCGCCCAACUCCCGGAUCUCGGCUUAGGCGGCAUGGCUGGCUCACCUCUCCACCCACUAUCUCUAGGCAACGUGCGAAUUCUCCGGCGACUACUAAGCGAACGAUUUCAGACAUCACACCCCAGUACUAGCGAAAACAAUAAGAAGCUCAGCCCCCACCUGCGGAUCAUCGGCGUAGGUGGGGUGGCAGAUGCUGCAGGGUAUCGGCGGAUGCGGGCAGCAGGAGCAGAUGUGGUGGGCCUAGCCACCGGGCUGGGGGUGAAGGGCGUGGGGGUGUUUGGGGAUAUUGAGAAGGGGGUUUUAGAUCAAACGUUAGGGGGCGGGGCGUGGUGA